AUGGAUAAACUGUCUGGGUUGGUGAAUUAUUCUAGCAGCGAAGAGGAAGAUGAGACAGAUAGAAUGCAGAAAACUUGGCUCGAAAAUGAGGCUAAGACGCUUUCAAAAAUCGAUGAAAAAGGAUCCUCGAUUACCGAGAAUAUUGUAGCAAAUUUUCCAACAACUGAUAGAUCUCGAAAUCCGAUAAAAAAAUGCCAAGAUAUCAACGCACCAUUACUCGGUCCUCACUUGCAACCAAACACGAUUGCGGGGCCAAUAUCAUUCGAAAGUGACCCAAAUCUAAUUCAAUUAUCUCCAUACUCUAAAGGUAGGGCCAUACUUCGAAACCUGACCAUGCCGACAUCUCCAAACUACGAAAUUCCUUCGUCGCCAACAACACCUCCAAAUCAAGAGAUUAACUUGAAAUUCAAUCGCCUUUUGGAACUUAAAGCACGGGGAAUUCACUUUAACGAAAAACUAGAAAGCUCUACAGCCCUCAAAAACCCCACCUGUAUGCAGAAUCUGAUGGAUUUAGCUAAUAUGGAUGAGACUGAUCAAUAUUUAACUACCCUACCAAAAUCUUAUUGGAAUCCAAAGGCUUUUCCUGAUCACGCGUACGUUGAUAAUCUCGAAAAUUCACGGCGAAAAAUUAGCAAAGAAUUGGAUAAGGGACGAAGCCAAAGAGAAAGUGUUGAUUUUGUUCCUGCGGGUAUCGAAAGCGUUACUAGUUAA